AUGGUCACUGAGAACUGGAGUUGCGAAGACCUACUACAAUCCGGAUCGCCGCCUGCAGCAGGCCUACCAUACUCGGGCUAUUUGAAGAAAUUUGUAGCAGGCGCAUCCUUCCUUCCUGGGGAAAGUACCAUUGCAGCAGGAGAUAUACUAGGCUGUGGAUUCUCGCGCCCUGAAGAUUACAUAUUCUGCACUAGGAAUGGUAAACAUAUUGGUGUUUCACAGGAUGCCAGUAAACUCUUGAGCUCAACAAUGGCACGGCUACGCCCGGUCGUCUAUAUGACCCUUAAGAAUCAUCACAACACACCAAUUCCACCGGAGCUUCACUUGGGCACUACUGCCAACUUUGGGCAAGAUAGUUUCGCCUUUGACAUGGCACACUUUGCAGAAGGUUAUCUCAAGCAGAGGAGACAGCGAUUUGAGUGUAGUGCUGGGUCGUUACCCGACAAGAUCAUCACAAUGAUCACUAUACUUGCUGCAGAAAUCAUUGUAGGUAAAGAGGACAUGUAA